AUGACCACCUUCCGGGUCGCGACGGACAGCGGAACGCCUGACGGAGCAGCUGGCGCAUCAAAAUCAAGAAUGGGCGGUGCUGCGGUGCCUGCAACGAAUGGCGCCCAGCUGAACGGGGCUGGCACGAUUCCCUUAAGCGCGCGUAAGGCAGCACCGCUGGAUCUCGCUACUGUAGAGCGCAGAGGACAUGGAGCGCCGAACAACCUACCGCCCAAACAGAAUCGGCUCUUCGGCCUGCGUGAGUCUCCAACAUAUCGACCGACAGCCGAGCAGUUCAAGGACCCCGUACAAUACAUUCAGAGUAUCCGAGAGGAGGCACAGAAGUACGGCAUUGUCAAGAUUGUCCCGCCAGACAAUUGGAAUCCGCCAUUCGCCAUUGAUACGGAGCGUUUCCACUUCCGUACACGAAGGCAAGAACUCAACUCGGUUGAGGGUGGUACACGUGCCAAUUUAAACUAUCUCGAUCAGCUCGCCAAAUUCCACAAGCAACACGGCCACAGUCUCACUCGCUUUCCUAGCGUUGAUAAACGACCCUUGGACCUCUACAAGCUCAAGAAGGCUGUUGAGAAGCGAGGCGGGUUUGAACGUGUCUGCAAGCAGAAGAAGUGGGCUGAGAUUGGACGCGACCUCGGCUAUAGUGGCAAGAUCAUGUCUUCGCUGUCUACAUCACUCAAGAACUCAUAUCAGAAAUGGCUGCACCCGUAUGAGGAGUAUCUGCGCCUCGUCAAACCCGGCGUGCAACAGAUGUUGGAGUACGAGCACGGCGGACCCUUCACACCAUCGCCUGCGCAUUCGCCCGUGAAGAAAUCGCUACAGGGCACACCCGUCGCUAAUGCCACGGAUUCGCCUGCCAUGAGAGCCUCAGCAGCGCUGAACGCGACACUGCAGGGUGAUUCUGUGCCCACACCACCUGAUCUGUCGCGGCCUGCUAUGCAGACAGGCUUCACGCCAGUGAACUCUGGAGGCUUUACAGCGGUUAAUGCACUCUCAUCACAAAAGCCGUCUACGCAGCCCUCGACACCCAGUACUUUUGCUGCGGCUAAUGCACCAAGCGCUAUGCAUCGGGAUGUGCUGGAGUCGCGCACAUCAACACCUUUACGCAAUGCCGGUAGCCCAAUGCUCUCAGCCGACAAUACACCCGAUCUACGACCGCCCGGAAACGGACUGACCCCACUAGCCAACGGACAUCAGUUCAAUCAGCUGAAGCGAACCUUCUCCCAGGACCCAGAGAGCAGCGCGAAUGACGAUGUGGAUGAGGCAAAUGGACGACGGAGCAAGCGACUUAAGAAAGAUGCUCCUCCCACGGUUGCAGGCUCGCACAUGACUCAGCCUCGCCAGUCAACGCCCAGUCGGUCUUUCCCACGCGUUCGGGCGGCUGACGAACGACCUGGUGAUCGCUGCGAGACUUGCGGUGCCGACAACGAUCCACAGAACAUUCUGCUGUGCGACAGCUGCGACGCUGGUUAUCAUGGUUACUGUUUGGACCCACCGAUCAAGGGUAUUCCUGCAUACGACUGGCAUUGCCCCAGGUGUCUUGUUGGCACGGGCGAGUUUGGGUUCGAGGAAGGAGGUAUUUACUCGCUUAAACAGUUCCAGGAACGAGCCCAUCAGUUCAAGCAGAGCCAUUUCGCCAAUAAGAUGCCUUUCGAUCCCAUCACCAAUGCGCCAAAGCCAGUCACAGAGGAUGAUGUAGAACGCGAAUUUUGGCAUUCGGUCGCAAACGUGACAGAGACUGUCGAAGUAGAGUAUGGAGCAGACAUACAUUCCACAACACACGGCAGUGGCUUUCCUACUAUUGAGAAGAAUCCACGCGAUCCCUACUCCACUGAUCCAUGGAAUUUGACUGUACUUCCCUACGCGCCAGAUUCUCUAUUCCGUCACAUCAAGUCAGACAUUUCGGGCAUGACUGUACCUUGGCUAUAUGUCGGCAUGGUGUUCUCGACCUUUUGUUGGCAUGCGGAAGAUCAUUACACCUACUCGGCAAACUACCAGCAUUUUGGCGCGACCAAAACCUGGUACGGUGUACCCGCCGAGGACACCGACAAAUUCGAGCAAGCCAUGCGUGAGGCGGUACCAGAACUGUUUGAGAGUCAACCAGACCUUCUGUUUCAGCUCGUGACGCUUUUGACCCCGGAGCAACUCUUGAAAGCUGGUGUCAGAGUUUAUGCGAUUGAUCAACGUGCUGGCGAGUUCGUGAUAACAUUCCCGGAAGCCUAUCAUGCCGGUUUUAACCACGGUUUUAACCUGAACGAGGCUGUGAAUUUCGCGCCGAGUGAUUGGGAGCCAUUUGGUGAGCACGGAGUCCAACGCCUUCAGGAUUACCGACGUCAGCCAUGCUUCUCUCACGACGAGCUACUCUUGGCGGCGGCAUCGCGUAAAGAUACAACCAUUAAGACUGCCAAAUGGCUUGGUCCUGCGAUGGAGCGAAUGCUCGAACGAGAAUCGCGUAUACGUGCCGAAUUCCUCGAGAAGCACAAAGCUAUUAGACCUCAUACUUGCAAGAUCGACGGUACCGGUGAUAGCGAAAACCCAUGUGAGCUUGAAUUCGUCAUCGAUGAUGCCGACAUGCAUGAGGAUGAAUUGAUAUGCGCCUUCUGCAAGUCCUAUGGCUACCUGUCCCGAUUCUACUGUAGCAAGACUAAGAAGGUCUUGUGCCUACAGCAUGCCGGAUGGUUUGAGUGCUGCCCAGAGACUCCGGAAUCUGAGCGUUACUUUGGAGCCCAAGGUCAACACAAGCUAGUAUAUCGCAUGCCCAAGGAUGCUCUCACUACUUUGGUUCAGAAGAUCGUCGACAAAGCAGGCACGCCAGAAGCUUGGGAAUCGAAGAUGGAGGCUCUGCUUGCUGAAGGGCCCCGACCUCAACUGAAGUCUUUGCGCGCGCUCUUAAACGAGGGCGAGAAGAUUGAUUGGGAUCUCAAUGGCCUUCAGGACCUGAAAGAAUUCGUCGACAAAUGCCAGGAAGUUGCUGAGGAAGCUGUUCUCUAUACCACUCGGAAGCAACAAGCCCGCCGAAAAGCAGAACGCCCCGGGAGAGGACGGCCAAGCAAGGCGAACAUCGCCGAGGCAGACGAGAAGGAUCGCGAAUACCGCAAUGUGGAGAACAUACAGAAACUUCUCAAUCAAGCAAAAGACUUAGGGUUCGAUAGCCCGGAAAUAACUACGCUCCGAGAACGCGCUGAGAGCAUUGUCGAGUUUCAGACUAGAGCGCGUACUGCUUUACGCGAACGCACGUCAGAGCAAAGUAUUGCUCGGCUUGAUGAGCUUCUGGAGGAAGGCAAAGGUUUCAACGUCGACCUCCCCGAGCUUGAAUCUCUUGAAAAAGUGGUACAGCAAUUGAAAUGGCUCCAAGAAGCGCAGGACUUCAAGGUGAAGCUUGCACCGACGCUUCAAGAAGUCGGCGAGCUCAUUAAGAGUGGUGUUGAAGUCGGCAUGCCAGAGCACCAUCCCGAUCUUCGCUUCCUGCAGGACAAACGGGACCAAGGCGAAUUCUGGGAGAAGAAGGCGAAGGAACUCAUGGAAGUAGAGAAUGUGCAUUACCAGCAACUCGACGCUUUCUCCAAGCAAGCGACCAACCUGCCCGUAACACCAGAGACCCGCGCCGCGAUGGACGCCAUCUUGAAGAAACAACGGGAUGCACAAGAGCUUAUCAUGUCAUUGUACGAGCGAAGCAAAAACCCUGACUUCUCUGAGCGACCAAAAUACAUGGAGGUACGCAAUGCCAUGGAGUCCUUGAAUGCGCUGAACGGCAAGCCCAAUGGCACGAAUGACCUUGAAAAGGAGCAAAAGCGACACGAAGAUUGGAUGAGACGAGGAAAGAAGCUCUUUGGCAAAGCCAAUGCGCCCCUACAUAUCCUGCAUGCGCACAUGAAGCAGGUUGACGAGCGCAAUCGUUCCUGCUUCGACUUGUCUGACCAGCCUCGAAUGCCUGUGGAGCCCGCCUCUCGUGAACAGAGCCCAGCUGAUGGGGAAGAGGUGGACGGUUCGGGAUCUAGUCGAGAUGUUUUCUGUAUCUGUCGAAAACCUGAAGCUGGCAUGAUGAUCGAGUGUGAACUGUGUCAUGAAUGGUACCACGGCAAGUGCCUAAAGAUUGCGCGCGGAAAAGUCAAAGAGGACGACAAAUACACAUGUCCCAUCUGCGAUUACCGUGUCAAGAUCCCACGCGAUGCGACUCGCCCUAAAUUAGAGGACCUGCAGCUUUGGCAAGACGAAGUCCCUGGUUUGCCGUUCCAACCUGAAGAAGAAGACACAUUGGAGUCACUUAUCGAGCACGGUACCAAGUUCCGUGACUACGUUGCGCAGUACAUCAACCCGCUGAUGUCAAGCCCCGAUGAACUCACUACGCAACGGUUCUACCUACGAAAGCUUGAGGGCGCUGAGAUUCUUCUCUCGAAUGAGAUCAACUUCUUCCGCCAAGAGUUGCACAAGUGGGCACCGGUUGCACCAACCCCGCCGCCGAUUCUACAAGUGUCUCUGUCUACGCGUAAGCCUCGACCGACGAAGCAACAGAAGCUUAUGAGCCAGCUGGGCAUCACCAAUCCGGAUGAUCUCCCGCAGCACCUCAAGACCAAGACUCAUCAGUUUAAGCGCAAGGAUGGAGAAGGUCUAAAGACAUCGAGCCAACAAUCUGAUGCUGGUGAGCAAUCGCAUACUCCCCCUGGCGAGCCUCGUCAAGGUGCUGGUGAAAGCAGCGAGUACUUUAACACAACGACCACAUCUACAUUCAGCAACUCUCCUACAUUCGCUACGACGGCUCCACUCAGCUUUGGUGGAGGUUCUUCUAUUGCGCCUAUCGAUCCAGGUCUCUUUGAGAGUUCAGGCCCAGCCGCUCCGACUAGUCCCAUGCAAGACCCGUUCAAGAGCUCCGGUAGUGGACACGAGAUGUUUGGGGAAGCGAUGGAGAUGGGUGGUGGCCAGGCAGAAGAAGCACUGGCUGUCACCGAGGGCAAUAACUACAUGGAUUAG